GUUGGUUAUUUAUACAUGAAAAGAAAAUAUGUGUACUCACUGUUGUGUCAUAAAUACGUUAGUUAAAUCGUUUAAGCCAGUUAAAUAUUAAUACUAUUAUAUUAAUAAAUAUAAUAAUAAUUGUCUCCAAUAAGCAAGCAAAUACAUGUUUCUAUACUUGUCUAUGCUUUUGUUAAAUGUUGAUUAAGUUUUAUGGUAUUAUUUAAGUCAGGUGACUUUAAAAGAAAUGUCUAGUGAGACUUCAUGGUCGCUGAAUCAUAAACGAUCUCUGACAAGAGCUAUCCAAUGGCGAGAAACGGAAGAACGGUCAGAGUGAUGCAUCUUGUUCUGUUCAUUUCAUCUAUGGUUCUCUCGCAACAGCAGCAUCAGCUCCGCCUCACCACGUAACCGCUCCUCUCCUCCUCCACUUGAGCUCAGUGACCGCAUCUGGCUGUCUGUCACAGCGUUUCCGCCACGGCUGCUCCGGGUGCUGCGGCAUGUUAACGUAUACACCGGCGCAGAGAGUGGACUUUUAGCAGAGGGACAUCAUGUCUGAGGUGCGCAAAUUCACAAAGCGGCUGAGCAAACCUGGGACUGCUGCUGAGGUCAGACAGAGCGUCUCUGAGGCUGUGAGGACCACAGUAGACCUGGUGGAGCAGCCAAAAAUUAUCGAGCCGCUGGACUAUGAGGCUGUGGUGUUUCAGAGAAAGGCCCAGAUCCACAGUGACCCACACAGAGAUCUGCUGCUCUGCCCUGUGGAUGAUGUUUCGGAGUCCCAGCUGUUACGGCAAAGGAGAACUGUUGUUCCCGCUGUGCCCCAGAAUGCUGAACGGGAGGCCAGGAGUCUCUUUGCCAGAGAGUGCAUCAAGAUGUACAACACCGACUGGCACGUAAUAAACUACAAAUACGAGGCCUACUCCGGUGACUUCCGCAUGUUGCCAAGCAAAGGCCUGAAAACGGACAAGCUGCCCUCCCAUGUGUUUGAGGUCGAUGAAGACGCCAAAGAUGAGGACACAGCUUCGCUCUGCUCCCAGAGAGGAGGCAUCAUGAAGCAGGGCUGGCUACAGAAAGCCAACAUCAACAGCAGUCUGUCAGUCUCAAUGAGGGUGUUCAAAAGGAGGUACUUCUACUUGUCUCAGCUCCCUGACGGCUCCUACAUCCUCAACUCCUACAAGGACGAGAAGAACUGCAAGGAAACCAAAGGCUCCAUAUACUUGGACUCAUGCAUAGAUGUCAUUCAGAGCCAAAAGAUGCGCCGUAAUGGCUUUGAACUGAAGAUGCAGGACCGCUACAGCCACUUCCUGGCUGCGGACAGUGAAGCAGAGAUGGAGGACUGGGUGUUGACUCUGAAGCAGGCUCUGCUGAGCAGCACCGAGGCUGGGCAGGACAGGCGGAACGGCACAGAAUCCCUGGAUUGUGCUCUGGACGAUGACACCACCAGCCAAGGGAAAGGUGAAAGCCUGCUGGAGAGUUUGGGAAGGAGCUUACACCCUGAACUCAUGAAGUACGCCAGGGAGACGGACCAGCUAAAUAAGAUCAACAGGAACGAAGUCAGACAAAAGAUUUUCUCUCUGGAUCCUGAAACACAGAGGCUGGACUUCUCAGGCAUCGAGCCCGAUGUCAAGCCAUUUGAGGAGCGAUUUGGCCGCCGCAUCAUGGUCAGUUGCCACGAUCUGACCUUCAGUCUCCAGGGCUGCGUUAGUGAGAAGGGCGACGGCGUCCUCACCAAUGUGGAGCCUUUCUUCAUCAGCCUCGCCCUCUUCGAUGUCUCCAAGAGCUGUAAGAUCUCGGCGGACUUCCACGUUGACCUCAACCCGCCCUGCGUCAGAGAGUUGCUGACAGACACCUCAGGCCAGCUCUCUCCAUUCUCUGACUCAGAGGGUGGAGGUGCGGCAGAGAGCGGAGGAGCAGGAGGAGGACCAAUGGUGAAUGGAGACUCUGGGAAAGGCAACAGUCUGCCUGUCCUACAGAGAGUGUCAGAGGCCCUGCUGCGCUUCCCCACACAGGGGAUCUUCUCAGUGACCAAUCCUCAUGCAGACAUCUUCCUCGUCGCCCGUGUGGAGAAAGUAUUACAGAAUGGCAUCACCCAUUGUGCUGAGCCAUACAUCAAGACGUCGGACAUCACCAAGACAGCUCAAAAGGUGCUCAAAGCUGCCAAGCAGACAUGCCAACGCUUGGGUCAGUACAGGAUGCCAUUUGCCUGGGCUGCCAAGCCGGUGUUCAAAGAUGCUCAGGGAAGCCUGGAUAUGGAUGGCAAGUUUUCUCCACUCUAUCGCCAGGACAGCAGCAAAAUCUCCACGGAAGACAUCAUCAAGCUGCUGUCUGACAUCAGGAAGCCAGAGAAGAGCAAACUUCAGACCAUCCCUGGACAGAUGAAUGUCACCAUUGAAUGUGUUCCUCCUGACAUCUCAAAUACGGUGACAUCCUCCUACAUUCCCGUCAGGCCUUUCGAGGACGGCUGCGAGAGAGUGUCCGUGGAUGUCGAAGAGUUCUUGCCAGAGGAGGCCAAGUACAACUACCCGUUCACCACGUACAAAAACCAACUCUACGUCUACCCGCUGCAGCUCAAGUAUGACAAUCAGAAGACCUUCACCAAGGCAAGAAACAUAGCAGUUUGCAUCCAGUUCAGAGACUCGGAUGAAGAAGGUGCCGUCGCCUUAAAGUGCAUCUACGGCAAGCCAGGAGACUCGCUCUUCACGGGCAGCACCUACGCAGCCGUCCUGCACCACAACCAGAGCCCGGAGUUCUACGACGAGGUGAAGAUCGAAUUGCCAGUCCAUUUGCACGAGAAGCACCACGUCCUCUUCACCUUCUACCAUAUCAGCUGUGAGUCCAGCAGCAAGGCCAGCAGCAAGAAGAGAGAGGGAGUGGAGUCUCUGGUGGGUUAUUCCUGGAUGCCUCUGCUUAAAGACGGGAGGAUGCAAUCUUUAGAACUCCAGCUUCCCGUAGCGUCCACCCUGCCGCCUGGAUACCUGUGUCAAGAUACAAGAAAGUCGCAACCAGAUAUCAAGUGGGUGGAGAAUGCCAAGACGUUAUUCAAAGUGCGGAACCAUGUGGUUUCAACAAUAUAUGCUCAGGACCUGCAUCUACACAAUUUCUUUCAACACUGCCAGCUGAUGAGGACAACGUCAGAGGCUAACCCAUUAGAGCUGAUAAAAUACCUAAAGUGCCUACAUGCCAUGGAGACGCAUGUCAUCAUCAACUUCCUGCCAACUGUGUUGUUGCAGCUUUUUCAGGUGCUCACAGCAGCAAAUAAAGAAGCUCAUGAUGUUGCAGUCAACGCCCUGCGUGUGAUCAUACAUAUAGUCUCCAGGUGUCACGAGGAAGGACUGGAACACUAUUUGCGCUCCUUCCUGAAGUAUGUGUUUGUCACCAAAGUCCCCCUGUCAGGAAACUCGGCAACCACCCACGAGGUGCUCGCCACCGCGGUCACAGCUGUCCUCAAGCAAACUGCUGAUUUUAACACCAGCAACAAACUGCUGAAGUACUCCUGGUUCUUUUGUGAGACCAUGGCCAAAUCCAUGGCCCAGUAUCUGCAGGAGGGCAACCGCAUAAAGAUGCCCCGACCUCAGCGCUUCCCUGACAGUUUCCACCAGGCGCUCCAGUCCCUGGUGCUGUCCAUCAUGCCACACAUCACCAUCCGUCACAUGGAAAUCCCAGAAGAAGCCCGCUGUAUUAACCUGAGCUUGGCCAAUCUGAUCAAGCGGUGUCUGACCUUCAUGAACAGGGGCUUUGCCUUCACUCUUGUCAACCACUACAUGUGUCAUUUCAGUCUCAAAGAUCCAAAGGUUCUGACUGAAAUGAAAUUUGACUUCAUCAUGACCGUGUGCAACCACGAGCAUUUCAUCCCGCUCAAUCUCCCCAUGGCUUUUGGGCGCACCAAGCUUCAGAGGGUACAAGAUUUUAUUUCAUAUGCAACGGAGAUAUUUGGCCCAGUAGAGCAAAAUCUGGAAUUCAGCCUGACUGAAGAUUACUGCCGCAACCACUUCCUGGUGGGUCUGCUGCUGAGAGAAGUGGCUGAGGCCCUGCAGCAGGGGCCCGAGGUCAGACAGCUGGCCGUGAGUGUCCUCAAGAACCUGCUGAUCAAACACGCCGCCGAUGACCGCUACACAGCAUUCAAGAACCAGCAGGCCCGGAUCUGUUUGCUGUACUUGCCACUUUUUGAGCUGCUCUACCAGAACCUGAAGCAGCUGUCUGCACAACCACACACCUCAGUCCUUGGCCUCGGCCUAAAUGGCUCCAGGGAUGAUCUAAUAUCAACUGGCACCAUGGAUAGCAGGAGGGUCAGCGCGGCGAUUGAGAAAGACCACGGUCUACCAGCUCAGAAUGGCCACGUGAGAAGAGAGGAUUCUAGAGGCUCUCUGUUUUUGGACCCAGGCACACCAGACAGUAUUGAGCUCCAGAGACGUUGCUCCACCAUGAGCGGCUGCCCUGUUCCUGCCAGUGGCAGACUGGGGCAGUAUGAGAUCAAAGGCCUUCUGAUCUCCUUCCUGCACAUUGUCAAGACUUUGUCCGAGGACACUCUGAUGGCCUACUGGAACAAAGUCAGCCCUCAGGACAUCAUGAAUUUUCUCAGUUUGCUUGAAGUCUGUUUGACGCAGUUUCGUUACCUUGGAAAGAGAUGCAUUAGCAGGAGUCAGGAGGUCUGCGUGUCCAAGCUGUUCAGCUCAGACAGGAAAUCUCAGACCAUGCCCGCCAUGCGUUGCAAUCGAGCCAGUCUCAUGCAGACCAAAAUUCAUCAGUUCAGCACUAUGGAAGCCUCUCUCACACUCAACAUGGGAUCGGGGCCUUCAGAAGCAGAAAUCCACCAACAAGCUCUGCUGGAGGCCAACAUCUCCACUGAAGUCUGCCUGAGCAUCCUGGAUGUGCUGUCACUCUUCACCCAGUGCUUUAAGACCCAGCUCCUGGACAGCGACGGCCACAACACCCUGAUGAAGAAGGUGUUCGACAUUUAUCUGACCUUCCUUAAAGUCAGCCAAUCAGAAUCUGCACUGAGGCACGUCUUCGCUGCUCUGAGGGCUUUCAUCAACAAGUUCCCCUCAGUGCUGUUUAAAGGUCGCGUGACCCUGUGUGAGGCCCUGUGCUGCGAGGUGCUCAAGUGCUGCGUGUCUAAGUUGGGGUCCCUACGGGCUGAGGCCUCCGCCCUUCUCUACCUGCUGAUGAGAAAUAACUACGAGUACACCAAGAGAAAGACGUUCCUGCGAACACACCUGCAGAUUAUAAUUGCAGUCAGCCAGCUGAUCUCGGAUGUGGCGCUGACUGGCAGUUCCAGAUUUCAGGAGUCCCUAUCCAUCAUUAACAACUUUGCAAACAGCGACAAGGCCAUGAAGUCAACAGCAUUCCCCUCAGAAGUCAAGGGUCUUACCAAGAGGAUCCGCACAGUGCUGAUGGCCACAGCACAGAUGAGAGAGCAUGAAAAAGACCCUGAGAUGCUGCUGGACCUGCAGUACAGUCUGGCCCGGUCUUACGCCAGCACCCCAGAGCUGAGGCGGACGUGGCUGGACAGCAUGGCCAGAGCACACCUGAAGAACGGGGAUCUAUCUGAGGCAGCCAUGUGCUACGUUCACGUCGCUGCUUUGGUUGCAGAAUACCUACACAGGAAAAAGCUGUUCCCCAGUGGCCUCGCAGCUUUCAAGAAGAUCACUGCAAAUAUCGACGAGGAAGCGGCCAUGAAAGAAGACACUGGAAUGCAAGAUGUAUACUACACUGAGGAGAUCCUGGUUGAACACCUGGAGGUCUGCGUGGAGGCGCUGUGGAAGUCGGAACGCUAUGAGCUCAUCACGCACAUUGCCAAACUCGUCAUUCCCAUUUAUGAGAAGCGCCAUGAAUAUGAGAAACUCAGCCGACUGUACGACACUCUUCACCGGGCCUAUAACAAGAUCAUGGAGGUGAUACAGUCAGGCCGCAGACUGCUGGGAACCUUCUUCAGAGUGGCUUUUUAUGGACAGGGCUUGUUUGAGGAGGAGGAUGGAAAGGAAUACAUUUAUAAAGAGCCAAAACUAACAGGGCUGUCAGAAAUCUCGCAGCGGUUGCUGGCGCUCUACGGGGAAAAGUUUGGGCCAGAAAAUGUCAGGAUUAUCCAGGACUCGAACAAGGUCAACCCCAAAGACCUCGACCAGAAGUUUGCCUACGUCCAGGUGACCUUUGUAAAGCCAUACUUUGAGGAGAAGGAGGCACCAGAGACGAAGAGCGACUUUGAAAAAAACCACAACAUCAGUCGUUUCGUGUUCGAGACCCCGUACACGCUUUCGGGCAAAAAGCACGGCGGUGUUGAGGAGCAGUGCAAGAGGCGAACGGUGCUAACAACUGCCUACGCCUUCCCGUACGUGAAGAAGCGAGUGGAGGUGGUGGGAGAGAAGCAGGUGGAGCUAAAGCCUGUGGACGUGGCCAUAGAUGAAAUGAAGGCACGUACCGUGGAGUUGACCAAACUCUGUUCAAACCAGGAAGUGGACAUGAUCCAGCUCCAGCUCAAGCUGCAGGGCUGCGUGUCUGUGCAGGUAAAUGCAGGUCCUAUGGCCUAUGCCAGAGCAUUCCUUGAUGACAGUAAGAGCAACCAGCCGGGGAACAGGAGAGUAAAGGAUCUCAAGGAUAUCUUUAGGCGCUUUGUUGAAGCCUGUAGCAUGGCGCUUGACAUAAACGAGCGUCUGAUCAAGGAAGACCAGUUUGAGUAUCACGAGGGCUUGAAGACAAACUUCAAGGACAUGGUCAAAGAGCUCUCGGAAAUCAUCCAUGAACAGAUCUACCAGGAAGACAUGAUGCGCUCACUGUUGCAAAAUUCACUUAACGUGUUUCGGGCCAUCAGUGGGACAACCACUGAAUUGGGUUGAUCAUGUGCUCCCCUCCAGCCCCAGACCUUGAUGGGAUGAUAAUGGGGCAGCUCCCACUUUGCAGUCCUACAGAUUAUUUUAAUUGCCUGCAUACAGAGUUGGCCACAGCGCUGGAAUGACAGUUUUAUUCUUAAAAUCUACCACAGUUACAUCUGCUCAAGCAGGUACUGUGAAUGUGUUUUGCUGAGUCUUGAAAUGAUCCACUUUCUCUCAGCCUUGGGGACAAAUUGCAGGAUUGUCCGUCCUUCAAAGAAGGAUGGCGAGAGGGAACUGUUGCUCUUUGGUUGUGUUCUGUCUUCUCUCUGCACUGUCCUCCUCAGAUCUACGCAGGAUGGAGCAUUGACUCCACGUUGAAUUUUCCACACCGUUAUUUGGUUUCUUACAUAUCAAGUUUCCGCUACCAGGGGGACAGAUAUAUAAGUGGAAAGCACUGGAACUGUUUGGCAAAUGGGGGAUAAUUGUUAAUAGCCUGGCAGUCUGUAGCAACCAACAAAGUCAUGAUAACAGUCUAACAGUAGAACUGACUGAAGCUGCUCCAGCCAACAUCAUAAACACAGUAAUCCUGACAAAGCUGAUGUCAGUAAUUGCCAUUAAAUUCCAGCCUGUCAACAAUCAUUGAUAUAGACAUCUCAUAUUGUCUGCAGACAUUUUAAGUAAUUUUAACGACAUGCACUGAUUUUUUUUUUCUUUACAGUGUGAUUAAACAUGUUUUUUUUUUCUUUUUUUAAACUUUGGUGCAGAUCCAGUGCCUUUUAAAAGCAAUUUCCCUUUUUAACUGAGGCACCCCAAUGUUGGUUAUUUAGUUUUUCACAAGUGCUACACUGAAAUUAGCAGAUGGAUGAAAAAAAUAUUUAACGCGUAAAUAAAUGUAAAUAAUUUGCUGUAAAAUGAUUUGUGUACCCCUAUAUGUUUGUAUGUACUGUAUGUAUUUAAAUUUGUAAUAUUUUGGACUAUGUUCAAUCCCAAGAAUCCCUAGACAAGUUUUUUUUUCUUUUCACUGCAUUGUAUACUGCAGUGCUGCUGCUUAUUGAGACUUACUUUGUAAAGCCUUUUUCAAUAAAACCUGAAAAACUAGGCCUGACAA